UAGCUAGACAAGAUGUAAGCUAACCACUCUCAUCUAAAGCCUCAUAAACAUUAAUCAUCUUAUAAAACAUAUAAAUAACCAUCAGCCUGCAUGUGUGCAAUGGAAACGGUGAAGAGAUUAGGGUUCGAAGAUCCUGUAGUGAUCUUCAGUAAAAGUUCCUGCUGCAUCAGCUACACCAUCAAGACGCUGAUCAGCAGUUUCGGGGCGAAUCCCACGAUUUACGAGCUCGACGAGGUUGCGAAUGGGGAAGAACUGGAGAAGGGGCUUUCGGAACUAGGCCGAAAGCCCCUGGUGCCAACCGUGUUCAUCGGAAAGCAGCUGAUUGGCGGCUCCAAUGAGGUAAUGAGUCUGAACGUGAAGGGCAAGCUUAAACCGAUGCUCAUUGAAGCUAAAGCUAUUUGGGUUUAGUAUCAGAUAACUUAAAAUAUAUGAACAAACGUGAUUUAGCUACUAAUUACUUUGUUUACCAAGAGAUAAUGGCUGCAGCACUAGCUAGUCAAUGAAAUAUACGUACAUGUAGUCUUGUUGAUAAAUAUGAUAUUAUAAAUAAGCAAUGUCAAACUGCGGAGAGAGACGUUUUAAAGCAGUUUGAACGGUGUCGGCUUUUAAUUAGUUGCAAAGACGAGAAAAGACUAUAAUAUUCUACCAUAUUGUAUUAUUGUUAAAG